AUGCUCCAAGAGGAAAUUCAGCCCCCUGUGGUCAGUCAUGGACCCGGAUACGGUUAUCUUUAUUCGUGGUACCUCCACUGCACAUCGGCAGCCUUGAGAGCUGUGGUUGCGUCUAUGAGUGGCACCGGAGCGCUUUUUGACAAAAUCGUCUCCAUCCCAACGCCAGGACUCGGAGACGGCCAAGUAACCGUUUCGAUUUGCUUGUCCAGAGACGGCCACGGCAGUCGUGCCUCGGCGCCUCUGGUACUAGUGGCAGAAGGCGGAGGUUUCGUGCUGGGCCAGCCCAACGAUGGUGAACACAUCCUUCGACCGCUGGCAGACCAGGUUGGAGCCGUCAUCGUCUCGGUAGACUAUGCUAAGUCGCCGCGCUGGCCGUUCCCCCACGCCCUCCUCCAGCUCUACGAGGUCAUCAAAUGGGCUUUAAGCCCGGCUUCCAGAGCCACGCUGGGCGCGCCAAUCCAUCCUGGAAGGAUUGCCGUGAUGGGGAACUCCGCUGGGGGAAACCUCGUGGCCUGCCUGGCUCUCCUCUUGGGAUUCACGUCCGGUCCAUGCGCCAGAUUCCGCAGAGGCCUCCCGUCCGACUUUCUAAUCGCGACGCAGAUCGUUCUGUACCCCAGCAUGGCUCUUCAAAUUCCCUACCAAGAGCGUCUGAACAGCAGCGGCGCGGACGACGAACAGGUCAGGGCCCGCAGCCUGCCGUCAUGGGUAGCGACGAUGAUGGAGGCAUCCUACACACCCCCGCACGUCGAUAAGAACCAGAUCUUUGUCGCCCCGGCACUCGCUGACGUCGAGCUCGUCGAGUCUCUCCAGAUGCCCAACACGCUGAUCGUGACUGCUGGGAAGGACUGCUUGAAGUUCGAGGCGCGGCGCUACGCGGAGACCCUGCGACGGGCCGGAGUCAGCGUCACGGAGCACGAGUACCCCGAGGCGAUACACGGAUUCAGCCAUCACCAGCCGGAAAGCAAGGACUACCGCAAGGAGGAUGUCGAGGAUUGUUGGGAACGCAUACGUAGACACCUAAAGAAUCAACUGCAGAGCGUCCAAUAG